GGAGGGGGGCGCAGGACCCCAGGGCCAAUUCCCGUCCCCCCAGCAGCAUGGCAUCCUGUGCUGAGCCCUCUGCCAUGGGCCCCGAGCCUGCUGCCCCACCUCCAGCUGGGGUCCCGCCGCUUGAGGACUUCGAGGUGCUGGGUCGGGUAGAAGAUGCAGAGGGUGAGGAGGAGGAGGAGGAAGAGGAGGAAGAAGAGGAAGAAGAGGAUCUGAGCGAGCUGCCACCACUUGAGGAUGUGGGGCAGCCCCCACUGGAGGAGGCUGAGCAGCUUGGGGCCUUAGCCCGAGAGUUCCUGGCUGCCAUGGAGCCUGAGCCUGAGCCCGCCCCAGCCCCGGACGAGUGGCUGGACAUCCUGGGCAAUGGGCUGUUGAGGAAGAAGACGCUGGUCCCAGGCCCACCUGGCUCUAGCCGCCCAGCCAAGGGCCAGGUAGUCACUGUGCAGCUGCAGACAUCACUUGAGAAUGGCACCCAGGUGCAGGAGGAUCCUGAGCUGGUGUUCACCUUGGGGGACUGUGAUGUCAUCCAGGCCUUGGAUCUCAGUGUCCCACUCAUGGAUGUUGGGGAGACAGCGAUGGUCACUGCUGACUCCAAGUACUGUUACGUCCCCCAGGGCAGCAGGAUCCCGUAUAUCCCCCCGCACGCAGCCCUAUGCCUGGAGGUGACUCUGAAGACUGCAGUGGAUGGGCCUGACCUGGAGAUGCUCACGGGGCAGGAGAGAGUGGCCCUGGCCAACCGAAAGCGGGAGUGUGGCAAUGCCCACUAUCAGCGGGCUGACUUUGUGCUGGCUGCCAACUCUUAUGACCUCGCCAUCAAGGCCAUCACUUCCAGUGCCAAAGUGGACAUGACGUUCGAGGAGGAGGAACAACUCCUGCAGCUGAAGGUGAAGUGUCUGAAGAACCUGGCAGCCUCGCAACUGAAGCUAGAACACUACCGCGCAGCACUGCGCUCCUGCAGCCUGGUGCUCGAACACCAGCCUGACAACAUUAAGGCGCUCUUCCGCAAGGGCAAGGUGCUGGCCCAGCAAGGCGAGUACAGCGAGGCCAUUCCCAUCCUGAGGGCAGCCCUAAAGCUGGAACCUUCCAACAAGACGAUCCAUGCAGAGCUUUCAAAGCUGGUGAAGAAGCAUGCAGCCCAGCGGAGCACAGAGACCGCCCUAUAUCGGAAAAUGCUGGGCAAUCCCAGUCGACUGCCUGCCAAGUGUCCUGGCAAGGGUGCCUGGUCCAUUCCAUGGAAGUGGCUGUUUGGGGCAACCGCCGUUGCCCUGGGGGGUGUGGCGCUCUCUGUGGUCAUCGCUGCCAGGAACUGACUGCCCAGGUGGCCGCAAUCCCCUCUGCGUGCCAUGGACCCCACCCCGUGCUCCCCGAUGCCCCCAGGUUCCCUGUCCACUGCCCUCUCUGAACCUAGCCCCCACCUCUAGGGCAGGGGAAGCAAGGUUUGG